AUGGGCAAAUCACUUGACGAAGAGACUAUUCUGAAAUCGCUUCAAGGGCAAUCUGAUGAGCAGAAAAUUAAGAAUCUUGUUGCAAAGCUCAUCGAAUCGGACAAGAGAGUAUCGGAAUUGCGUGAAAAAGCGACAAAGGUUGAAAAAUUAUCAAAAUUGAAUGAUAAUUUGGAGAAAAAAUUGGAUAAAGUGAAUCAGGUUCUCGUGAGAACUGAAGAAGCCAAGGGCAAGAUGGAGGAGUUGUGCAGAGGGCUUCAGAAGUUGAACCAGCAGAUUCGCGAAGAAAGUGCGGCAAAAGUGAAGAAAUUGGAAACCGAGCGCCGCGAAGCCGUCGAACAACUCAAGACUACUUUGAAAGUUAUUGAGAAAAGCAUGUCGGCUGGAAAAGAAAAGUCCGAUUUAUUGGCUGAGGAUAACCGUAAAUUGGCAGAGAAAUUCACCGAACUUGGAAAACAAUAUGAAGAACGCGUACAGGUGGUUGAACAACAAUAUGAAAAGAAAGAAAAAUAUUGGGAGGAGUACUCGAAAACUAAAGAUAUCGAGAUCAAGCUUCUCAAGGCCAAAUUAGAAGCAUCUUCGAUAAAUAUGCAGAAGUUGGACCUUGAGAAGCAGGAGCUCACGAAGCACGUGAUCGAGGAGACCGCCCGUGUUGGAGGUGCUCUGGAAACGGAGAAAAUGCUCAAGGAGCAAGUGAAACAAUACGCCGACAAGUACGCGGAGCUCACAAGUUGUCUGUCGAAGUCGAACACGGCGUUCGACAAAUUCCGCAAGGAAAUCGAUCGGGUAAAUGCGAACUGUCGGAAGGUUGAAGCUGACGUCGGAUUGUGGAAGAAGAAAUAUGACGAAGCUAAUCAAAAAGUCCUCGUUCUCACCAUGACGAAUAAGGAAUACACGGAGAAAAUGGCAAUCCAAGACAAGAAAAUCGAGAAGCUCGAGAGUCUGUGUCGCGCGCUUCGCAACAAUCCGGAGCAGUCGACCGCAUAA